UACUGCGCAGCUACUUAUAAAUACGACGAGCAAGUCAAGCCAGUUAGUUAGAGCUCAGCAUUCCGUCAGAGAACACAGGUCGUAAUGCAUUUUUUUGGACUACUCGUGCCGAUCGUUUGCGGUGUUUUGUUCGUCGCCGCCGAUCCCCAGCAGACAUACGACGGGCGUAAUGGUCCCCAUGUUUUCGGAACACCCGGCAAUCAAGUCUAUAUACGAGGCCAAAACGAUGGAGUUUACAAGGUGCCAGGAGUAGGUGGCCAGUUCCAGCACUCGUCGUCGCCAGCGGAACAUGUCUACACGGAUGAACAGGGUAACACCUAUGUGCACCAGAGGAAAGCGGGCGGACAAGGAACUCAUACUGUCAGAGGACCAGGUCUCGUUGUUGGACAACCCGCCUAUCCCGCUGUCCAGGAUUCACGUUAUAGAUCUACGCCUGCAGUACAUCGUAUAGCUCGUAGUCCUCAGUUCCACGUGGAGCGUCCUGGCCGCACUGUGGAUGUCGGUUCCGGAGGAUUUGUGGUUCAAAGGAGCCGCCGUAGUCCCCAGUUUCAUGUCGAGCGUCCUGGUCGCACUGUGGAUGUGGGUUCUGGAGGAUUUGUGGUUCAACGAAGUGCCCGCAGUCCCCAGUUCCAUGUGGAGCGUCCUGGACGCACUGUGGAUGUCGGUUCCGGAGGAUUUGUGGUUCAAAGGAGCCGCCGUAGUCCCCAGUUCCAUGUGGAGCGUCCUGGACGCACUGUAGACGUCGGUUCCGGAGGAUAUGUGGUCCAAAGAAGCCGCCGUAGUCCCCAGUUCCAUGUGGAGCGUCCUGGCCGAACGGUAGACUUUGGUUCUGGAGGAUUUGUGGUUCAAAGGAGCAGCCGCAGCAUCAAUGAUGCACGCGUGCAGGGUGAGAAUUUCGUGGCUCGUGACGAUCAGGCAGGAAUUUGGGAUGACAGUGUUUCGGUGUGGAAGCGCCCGGAUGGACGAACAGUCACCGUGGGCAGCGAUGGUAGCCUUACCGUUUCUGGUCAUGGAGCGACCCAGAAUUACUAAAAAAGGAUAUCACAAUACUGUUUCGAGCACAAGGAGUUUUACGGAACUAAAGUACUAAUGAUUUUAAAGUUAAAUACAAAUAUUUAUAUUUAAAUAAAAGUUUUAAAUAUUA